AUGGCCGCGGUCCCCGGUGCGGGUCGAGCGCGUCGAAGACUUGAUCACUCGGGGGGAGCUGAGGUCAAAGGAAUUGAGCACUUGGGAGAAAUCCUGGGUGUCCGAGACACUUGUCAAGGGGGGUUCGGAGGUCUAGCGUGGACGCGACGUGUGGUUUUCGGAGUAUUGGCUGAUGAAAGAAAGGGAGGGAGAAAGAAAGCAGGGCAGAAAUACCUGGUGGGCGGAUGGAUUCGUUUGUGGUGGAAAGAUGCAGGAGAAGUUUCCGUGGAGCCCAAGAAAGAGAAUGCGCGGCCGGGCCUAGGCGAGAUGCAGGGAGGAGAGGGGGACGAAGGUCAGAGAACGUGGGAGGAAAACCAAAAAGUGGCAAGUUGA